AUGAAACUCUCGAAAUUAUCGAUCUUAACAUCCGCUUUGGCUACGUCUGCCUUCGCCGCUCCUGCCGUUGUUACUGUCACGGAACAUGCCCACGAGGCCGCUGUUGUUACUGUGCAAGGUGUAGUUUACGUUGAAAACGGCCAAACACAUACGACAUACGAAACAUUGGCUCCUGCUUCCACUGCCACACCAACUUCUACAGCUACAGCUUUGGUAGCCCCCCCUGUCGCUCCUUCCUCUGCUUCCGGCAAUUCUAAUGCGGCCUUAUCUGCUUUGAAGAACUUAGCCUCCGUUUGGGGUAAGACUACUGAUUCAACGACCACGUUGAUACCUUCCAAAUCUACAUCACAAUCGCAACCUCAAGCUAGUACUACUUCUACACCCGUUGCAGCUUCGACCACUUCUCAAGCCGCUGCCACUAGCUCAGCAUCCGCUUCGGAUGCUGACUUGUCAGAUUUUGCCUCUUCUGUGUUGGCUGAACAUAACAAGAAGAGAGCCUUACACAAGGACACUCCCGCUUUGUCUUGGUCCAACACUUUGGCUUCCUGCGCUCAAGAUUAUGCUGACAACUAUGACUGCUCGGGCACUUUGACCCAUUCCGGUGGCCAAUACGGUGAAAACUUGGCCUUGGGUUAUGAUGGUCCAGCUGCUGUCGACGCUUGGUACAAUGAGAUUUCCAACUACGAUUUCUCGAACCCUGGCUUUUCAAGUAACACUGGCCACUUUACUCAAGUUGUUUGGAAGUCCACUACCCAGGUUGGUUGUGGCAUCAAAACCUGUGGCGGUGCGUGGGGUGAUUAUGUCAUCUGUAGUUACGACCCCGCAGGAAACUACGAAGGUGAAUACGCUGACAACGUCGAACCCCUCGCUUGA